AUGGCGAGCAACGUUGAGAAUGCAUCGAAGCUCUGCCGCCUCCUUGGGUUGCCCGCCGAGCUUCGCAAUGAGAUCUACGAAUAUGCCCUCUCGACCGGCUUCGUUCGUGUCGGCGAUCCUACUGAGCGAGGACAUCGCAUAUCCCGGCCCAACACCGCCCUCGCCCCCCUCACCAUGACGUGCAAGCAGAUCUACAAGGAGUCCAGAAACAUCAUCUACAGUGUCAACAAGAUCAUUUUGGCCUUGCCCAGCGAUGAGAAAAAGAGCAACGCAUGGUUUGACAAGAUCGUGCGCAAGCACAAGGCGUGCGGAAUGCGACAGGGAAUCGAAAUAUGGUUCAUUCCGGGCCAGACCGAGACCUCUUUCCUAAGCAGGCUGCGCGUUAUGGGCGAGGGACUGCGAUAUCUCAAUAACACCGGCGUCAAGGUCCUGAUUGAGGCGCGCGUUCAUAUCACUGCACUCAAGCGCAGCUUCCGUUUGCACUUCGGGAUCAAUGGCAGGGAGCAAAUACGGAAUGAGAUGCUCGAGUACAUCCAGUGGUCCCCCGGCUGGUCCCAUAUGCCCCACAAAGCCGAAAAGGUCUUCAACUUCGCGGACAGUGCCUUCUCGGCGGUGUGGAGUGGCUGA